AUGGCGUCCUUGUCCCCUAAGCGGCGGCGCCGUGACCUCGAUUCAGCCGCCACGGAGGCCAGAACUCCCACCAUUGCCGUCUCGCCAUCAACGGACGUUAUCUUCGAGAUCCUGUCCUGGCUGCCGCCCAGGUCCCUAGGCCGGUGCCGGUGCGUGUCCAGGAACUGGCGCGACAUCAUCUCCAACCCAGCCUUCGUGGCGGCGCACAUGUCCCGUGCCGAGCCGCUUCUCGUCGCCAAAACCAGCGACUCCCACCAUUGGUCCCUGCAACUGAUGGACACGGAGGGCACACCUGUGAGAGUGUCGAGCUUAGCUGGGGCGUGGACCUUCCAAGCCAGCCUCGACGACCUUGCCUACAUCACCUUCCGCAACAGGGACUCGGUGACCCCCGCCGUCGUGAACCUAGCCACCGGUGUGACGCUCACGAAUUUGCCGAAGCAGACGGUUCUAGAGUAUUACACGUUGACAUACAUGGGCUUCGGACGCACCGCCCAGUCCGGCGUGUACAAGCUCCUUCGCCUCCGUAUGACCAACCGAACACAAACUUGCGACAUCCUCACAGUAGGAGACAACGUCGAAUGGCGACGGACACGACCGCCCCCAAUGAUAGCCCGCCAAAGCUAUGCUAGUCCCCCUGUCGCCCUUGAUGGUGCCUUGCACGUCUUGUCCCGUGAUGAGAACUGCGUGCUGUGCUUCGACCUUGAGAGCGAGAAGUGGCAGGCGAUCCAUGGACCGCAAGGAGGAGUUAUCAGAGUCAAGGAGCCUAUAAGCAUAGCCCAGCUCAAUGGCACCUUGUGCAUAGCUCAAAUGGAACCGUAUUUGAUCAAUAUAUGGCUCCUGAGUGAUUCUAAAAGCAACGUUUGGGUCAAAGCGUAUACGAUACCGACGCGUCGGAAAGUCGUCAAACAUGUGCUGCCUUUGAGAGUGUUACGUCUCGGUGGGGGGCUGCUCUUCUACUUCUAUGGCAACAAUGCAAAGCCAAAGUUAAAAGUAUACAAUCCUAGUUUGAGAAGAUGCACGGCCGUCAAGACACCGGCCAACCUCAUCGGCACAAUCGGCCUUUGCAGUGCGGACAUAUAUUCUAAUGUAGAUCUUGUGACCAGCCCUAACUGA